AUGUUCGCCCGACAGUGCUCACGAUUGGUGUCUUCCCGGACUGCCGUCCCCUUGUCUUCGUAUCUUUCCCGUGUUAGGCCGUAUUCCUCGGCAUCAGGAUAUGAGCACAUCCUGACCUCCAGCCCCAAGCCUGGUGUCGGGCUGAUCACAUUGAACCGCCCUAAAGCCCUUAAUGCCCUUUCAAGCCCCCUCUUCAAAGAGAUCAACGAUGCCCUUUCCAAAUACGAUGAGGACAAGGAUAUUGGCGCCAUCAUAAUCACAGGGAGUGAGAAGGCUUUCGCUGGUAUAGUAACUAUCUGGUCCUAG